UUCGUGUUCAGAGGUUCCAUGGAGAACCGAAAUUGCGAAAAUUCAUAAAAAUCGAACCUUUUCAGUGUCAAGUGUUGAAAAAAAGAAAAAUUCGAUUUGUUUAUUAAUAUUAGCCCAAAAAUGUAUUGUUGAAAGAUUUUUGUGUCAUAAUAAAACUCGCGGCAGGAUGACAAGAAACUUUGUCGUGAAUUACAACUGCAAAUUUCUAAACAUAACCUAACGUACAAAAAAUGGAUUAUCUUGGUGAGAUAAUAGCGCUCGGAAUUGACAGCAUCAUUUUUGGCAUUUGCCUCAAACAAUAUUAUCACUGCAAAAAUGCUGUUACGUCGAUCAAGGGAGCAGAGUACCAUGACAUUGGACCCAAUUUGUUUUCAAGCUUAAACUACGAUCCGGAUGGAAAACUCUCUUACGUUGUUAUCCGAGGUCUGGUUACACCUCUUGGUAAACCUUUCCGGAGUAUUAACAACGAUGCGGUUACAGGAGUCAUCCAAAAGCUCAGUGUUAAAGAGCACGUUGUUGCCAGGACAACAGCAGGCUUUUGGUCCGAUCAGGAAAACACGAUGCAGGAAAUCUACAACAGCAUGCCUUUUGCACUGCGAAGAGGGCAAUACAAAGUAGAGGUCCACGAUGCAGUUUCUGCUGAAAUUCUAGAUAUGGAUGUCAUAAAAGAUGAAUUCACACCAAGCGUCCCUUCGAUCAAGGACUACUUGUGGGGAUUCUUCACUGGGGUACGCCAGAGAGGUCUUCAGUCGACGGAACAAAUGCUUCGAGAAGACACUGUGAUCACAGGAAUUGGUGAACUUGCUAGAGACUCAACGAAUCCGCAUUCUUUAAUCCUGCAGCCACCGGCGGAUGGCACGCCUUUUUACCUCACGACAAUGUCGGUUGGAUCGCUACUUAGAAAAUUGGAUGAAAGGCGUAAAACUUACAGAUGGCUGUGCCUCGUUUUUGGCGCUAUUGGAGUACUCAUUGGUGGAAUAGUCGUAAGACGUUAUUUGAAAGACAGAGAGGAACAAAGAUUAGCUGAUGAAUUGCAACAAGCGUUGGAAGAGACUCGAAGGACCCGAAGACGGAGAGUGCGAGAGAAAGAUCUUCGGGAGGAACAAUUAUGCGUCGUUUGUCGAACAAAUCCAAGAGAAAUAAUUCUCUUGCCAUGCGGCCACGUUUGCCUUUGCGAGGAUUGUGCAGACGACAUCACUUCCGAUUGUCCUGUAUGCAGAGCCCCAAUAGCACAAAAAAAUGCUGCCUACAUAGCCUAACGAGACUUUUUCGCAACAUCAGCGAUUUGUAACACCGGCUGGUUACGUCACAUUUUUACGGCAGAGUCGUAACGAUACUUCGUAGGCUAAUGGAAAGGAAAUUUUAUUUUAUGCCGAUGUGAACUUCGAGGGAACAAAUUUUGACGCUACACCGUCGGUUUGUUGGAAGAUAAAUUCGUAGGCAACCCUCAUUUCUGUGGGGACGACUCAUGGGCUGGAAAAACAAUGUGCUGUUACAAAUAUAAAGUUUAUUAUCUCGAGAUGCUGUUCACAUUGUAAAUUUUUCUUUCAGUACUGUACAUAACAGUAAAUCGAUCAAUUUGUAAUUACAUUAUUAGAUCUAUAUUUACAAUCAAA